AUGACUCAAAUGGAUGUUUUAUCGAAGUACGUUGAUGACUGCUUAUCUGCCCAUGACAUCAACAUCGAGAUGCAGAUCUCUGACGAAAUCGAUAAAGUCAUUUGGAUGCAGAACUUUUAUAAGCUUCCACUGAAUAUUGCAUUAAGAAUCCUUAAAUACUCGGGGAAGAGUCUUACCGAAAUACAAUCUAGACAAGUUGUCGAUGGGUUUAUGCGAACAUGUGGAAUCGAAGCAAUGAAAGUGUUCCCAUAUGUUAAUUGUGGAAAUAUUGAGCAAUUAAUGGGCCAAGGACCACUUCAAAAAACAUAUACUCAAGAAGCAUUCAUUCACGAACCAUUGAUUCCUCAUGAUCCAGGCCUUCAUUCUCCAAAACCAAAACCAAGAGCAACAAAUAAUCCUAAAACUACAAAAUUCCAAGUUCCUCACUACAUGAUUGUUCCAAAGAAUCGAACAAAGUCAAUAUCGUAUUUCAAGCUCGACGUACAUCCAUCUUCUCCCAUUACUUCUCCUAAAAAUAAAACAAGAGGCGCUCUUUCACCAACUUCCCCUCGUAAGAAAUUCGUUGUUAAGGAAGAGGAAGAAGAAGAUAAAAAGGAAGAGCCUGAGGUCAUUGCGAUAUUCUCAGCAGCUGAAGCUUCCGAGAUAAAAACAGUUGAAAAAUUAAUCCAUGAAAAACCAGAAUUAAUACAUUCGAAGCUUAAUAACGAGACACUACUACAUGUUGCAAUGAGAAGAAAGGACAUGAAACUCUCUGGAAUCCUUUUAAGAUGUGGAGCUGAUAAAGAAGCUCCAAAUUUAUAUGGAAGCUCCCCUCUUUAUACAGCAAUAUACCAAGAUUACGCGCCAGGCAUUGAUUUCCUUCUAUCUCAAGGCGCAAACGUAAAUUCAAGAAAUAAUUCCGGAAAUAGUCCUUUACACUGGGCAGCGGAAUGCAGAAAAAUCAGCGCGGCUAAGAUAUUACUUUCAUAUGGAGCUAACAUUAAUGCUCAAAAUGAUAAAGGAGAAACUCCAUUUUUAAUAGCAUGCAAAAAAGGACCUUUAGAGCUUGUUAAAGAAUUCCUGCAAGCAGGUGCAGACAUCAACAUCGAAAAUAAAUACGGAGAAAAGCCUAUUGACGUUGCUCUUCACCCAGAUAUUCAAACAGAAAUUCGAAAUCACGAAGGAAAAAAGACAUGA